GAGGAGAUUGCCAAUGUAGAGUUCCUUAUGAUUGCCUGAGGUUUAAACUGUAAAAUCUGCAUGCCUGAGCUAUACAAAAUUAGCGUAUGGAAACUAGCAAUUUAGAAGUGAAACUAUUGAAGUUGAAUGCCAGUGGGGAACCAGAGCCGAAUGGUGAAUUAAAGGCUAGAGAUGAUGCUCUAAAUGAUGAUGUACAAAUCACAUGUUUCACGGAGGAUCUGCAUGAUGCCACUCUUCAUUUUCAAAUCAUACGGUUCUCCAAACAAAUAUAUGCAUGGAUAGGAUGCAACUCUGCCAAAUUUGGGCAUUUAUAUGCUGCUGCACCCACUCGACCUAGCAAUACUGUUAGUGUUACAUCCUUGCUCAAGGGCAAUGCUGACAACACUGGAUCAAGCAUGGCGCUCCGGCUUGUAUUGAAGACAGGUCUUAGUGUAGUUCUUGCAUGCAAUCUUCCAAAGGACAGCCCAAUUCUUGAGGCUACUGCAGAGAGGAAACUCAUUGGCAAGUUGAGAAGUCUUGGAUACAUCAGGACUGGACCAUCAGCAGCUUAAUAAACCACAUGCAAGCUUUCCAUGUUUUGCCUGAUUCUGCAGAUUCCUUCAUUGUUGAUAAUUGUAUUGAGAUCAAAUGUCUAUUUGUUCUGAUUGCAUACAGGAAAAAUGUUGUGGUUGCCAGCAUGGAUGACUGGCUGUGUGACUGGCGAAAUUAUUUUGUGUGGAUAUGGAUGUUGUUCGGAGGUGAAUCAGGACGCGUCAUGUCACCCGUUUAUUGCAUACCGCAACUAUGUACCGCUGUGUAUCGAGUGAUAUGGUGCGUUUUGAUUUGCCUCCAUACGAUUCGGUGUCCGCAAGGCGGUUGCUACUUGCUAGUUUGGCUCA